AUGGUUGACUAUUAUGCUACGUUAGAAUUAUCAAAAUCCGCCACUACUCAAGAAGUUAAACAGGCAUACAAAAAACUUGCUCUAAAAUGGCACCCUGAUAAAAAUUUAGAUGAAAAUGAAGAAGCUGAGAGAAAGUUUAAAGAAAUCAAUGAGGCCUAUGAAGUAUUGUCUGAUGAAGAAAAACGUAAAAUAUACGAUAAAUAUGGUAAAGAUGCCGAUGCGGGCCACAAUCUUAUUUUUUCCCCAUUUUCAUUCCAAAAUCGAGACGAUUUGUUGAAACAGUUUUUUGAUGAAUUUCAAAGAAAUCGUUCAUUUUCCAUGUUUGAAAAUGCGCCUGGAUCACGAAGUAUUAGAAAUAUAAGUAAUUUUAUAAAUGGGAUGAAAAUUGAAACUACAAUAGUUUUGGUCGACGGAGUAGAAACGGUGACUGUUUAUGAAAAUGGUAUUCUGAAAUCAAAAACCACUAACGGCUUAGUGCUAUGA